AUGAUGGGUGAGGUUGGGGUGGAUGAUGGGUGGGGUUGGGGGUGGAUGAUGGGGGAGGGGUGGAUGAUGGGUGGGGGGGGUGUGGGUGAUGGGGGGGUGGGGGUGGAUGUGGGUGGGUGGGGGGUUGGGGGGGUGGGGGGAUGGGUGGGGUUGGGGGUGGAUGGGGGGUGGGUUGGGGGGGAUGGUGGGGGGGGGUGUGGGGGGGUGGGUGGGGGGAUGGGGGGUGGGGUGGGGGGGGGAUGGGUGGGGGGGGGUGGAUGA